CGUAUUGGAGCCUCAACCUGCACUUCACUGCCAUGCUCAUGGACUGUUCCGACCUCCAACUUAAGCUCCAGGGCAGUUCCUUCAAAGUUAAAAGACCUCAAAGUUAUUAAGCCAAAUCAUUCAUUGAAAAAUGGUAAAAAGCGGAAACUGGUAUCAGAAGAAAAGGAAAACUUUGAACCACUACAGAAUGAUGACAAAACAUUCAUGGAGUUGACAACAGCACUUAGAGAUUCAUUGCCAAAUGCAUGUGUUUUUAAAGGUAUAGAUAUCCCAGAAGUAGUAUGUCACACAAAACAAGAGGCGAAGGCAUCUGACAUCGACAUCCAAGAGUAUACUAUACAGCGGCUUGUAGCCAAUGGCUUGGAGGGCCCUCUUUCAGAACCAAUUUAUAGCAAUGAAAUAAUAGAAAGACUGAACAUGGCAACUGUUGGACAACACAAAAAUGAGCACUGGCAUGUUUUACGUAAGGGAAGAAUAACAUCAUCCAAUUUUCAUUCUGUAUCUUGCAAAAUUAAGUACAAUAGGAGCCAAAAUGUAAUUAGACCACUCUUGUCCAAUAUCAUGGGAUAUACAUCUAUUAAUCCUAACAUAAAAGCCUUAAAAUAUGGACGAGAAAUGGAACCAAUAGCAUGUGAAACAUACAAGUCAUACAUGAAAAAAGGUCACAAAAAUGUUGUUUUUUCAAACUGUGGUAUUUUUAUAGAUUCUGUUAGGCCAUAUUUGGCAGCAAGUCCAGAUCUCAUUGUUUCAUGUUCAUGCUGCGGUGAUGGGGUUGCAGAAUUUAAAUGCCCAAUGAUACCAAAAUGUGAAAAAUGUACUCAUUUUUGUCAUUGUAAAUUGCCAGUUUUCUUGCAUUGUGAAAAUGAAACAUUGUCAUUGAAUCGUAGUCAUGCUUAUUUUGCCCAGAUACAAGGCCAGAUGGCUAUUACCGGAAGAUUUUGGUGUGACUUUUUUGUCUAUUCUUGUAAUGGAAUUUUCAAUGAAAGAAUAGAAUUUGACAAAUAUUAUUAUGACGAAUUACAAGAUGAUCUUGAUAACUUUUUCAGUUUGUAUAUUGUGCCUGAAUUAAAAACAAGAAAUGUUGAAAACUCUUUAAUGAAAGAGGAGACAAUGGAAGUAGAUGUUCAGAAUGUGAAAGAAGGAAAUGUGUAUUUUUGUCCAGUUUGCAACAAAAUUGUCCAAGAUGAUGUUAAAUCCUACAAAGCUCAGAGUGUUCAAUGCGGCAAAUGUCAGCUUUGGUUCCAUUUUCCAUGUGUACAUGUGACAAAAUCAUUGUUGAAAAACAUUAAAGAGUGGUUGUGUCCAUCCUGUUAAAAGAUUUUAGUUAAAUGCAUGAUAUCAUACUGUAGUUUCAUCAAUACUUGUUCAAAACCAAUUUUCGUGGAUUUUGUUUUUGACUUGAUCCACAAAAUUAAAUGUUCAAUGAAGUGCAAUAACUAAUAGCCAUGAUAAUAUAACAAUUAUGUAUAGAGACUAAAGAUCAUUGGCCACGUUCAGUUUACAUAUCAUUAAACUGUAAAUUUUCACUAAAUCCACAAAAAAUUGAUGAUGAAACUAUAGGUUUGUUAAUUUAGACUUUAAUAAUGAGUUUCAUCAUAACACUCAUUAGUGCUAUAAAAUCUGAGGGAAACCAUGCAAGUUUUCUACAAUGUAUGUACUUAAAAGUCUUGACUUUUAUAUCAAUAUAUUUCACAUGGAAUAAAUCUUCCAUAAAAUAAUCUUAGUUU